AUGGAGAGCAAGUAGGAGCAAAAAGACCGAGGGUCUCCAGACCAGGCAGAGGGAACUUAGUGCCAGACAGCGGUACUGGACAUUUAAAGAUGUCUUGGCAGGUCAGGCAGGGAAGAUGGAAGAAACUGAACACCAGUUGUUCCGUACAUUUCACAGGACAUAAAGGACUAUAUAUAUAUUCUAGUGGCUUACAGGACCAUAGAUGGGCCAAGACGCUAGUGGGCUAGAAAGACGUCUGACCAGGUUACAGUCAGAUACCCAUCAAGUUACAGAAGUUUGAUAGAAAUUAUUAGGCCUAAAUGUUGGUUUAAGAUGAGCUCUAAGGAGAAUUGAGAUGGCUGAAGUCUGAUUUUAUAAAUUUCUCGGUCUUCUCGAAGGUAACUCCACUUCUUGGUCGCAACAUCCUCAACUCAGGAGAGCCAAUGGGAUGAAGCCCACAGAGGUAUGUCACCCUACUAACCUAACCCCUUUGUCUGCCUAUUGCUGUAGGCUUCUGAAGGAAGUGUGUCCCAGAUAUUUAGUGAAUGAUCUGUCUUCGUCCCUGUGUUGUGCAGGUAUUUAGUGAAUGAUCGGUCUUCGUCCCUGUGUUGUGCAGGUAUUUAGUGAAUGAUCUGUCUUCGUCCCUGUGUUGUGCAGGUAUUUAGUGAAUGAUCUGUCUUCGUCCCUGUGUUGUGCAGGUAUUUAGUGAAUGAUCGGUCUUCGUCCCUGUGUUGUGCAGGUAUUUAGUGAAUGAUCUGUCUUCGUCCCUGUGUUGUGCAGGUAUUUAGUGAAUGAUCUGUCUUCGUCCCUGUGUUGUGCAGGUAUUUAGUGAAUGAUCUGUCUUCGUACCUGUGUUGUGCAGGUAUUUAGUGAAUGAUCUGUCUUCGUCCCUGUGUUGUGCAGGUAUUUAGUGAAUGAUCUGUCUUCGUCCCUGUGUUGUGCAGGUGUUCGUGCAGAUAUAUGUCUUACGUGCAAUUAGUGAUGACGUUGCCCUUUGAGAGGUAUUAGUGAAUGAUCUGUCUUCGUCCCUGUUUGUGACAGGUUAGUGAAGAUCUCUUCGCCCUGUGCUCUGACAGAUCUAGCUGAAGACGGUCUCGUCCUGGCUCAGGUAAGGAGUCUGUUAGCCCGGUGGCAGGUAUUAGUAUGCACGUCCGCCUGUUGGCAGGUUUAGGACAUGUAGCUCUCGCGGAAUGUAGUCUAGCCGGUGUGUAGACAUGUAGCCUAAUACCGUCCUCCGCCUGUAGCUGGUAGGACAUGUAGCUACACGUCCCAGCCUGUAGCUGGUAGGACAUGUAGCUCCGUGUGUAGCAAGACAUGUAGCCUAAACACCGUCCCAGCCUGUAGCCUGGUAGAACAUGGUAGCCUCUAACACCGUCCUCCAGCCUGUAGCCUGGUAGACAUGUAGCCUAAACACCGUCCUCCGCCUGUAGCCUGGUGAGUAAGGGAGACAUGUAGCCUAAACACCGUCCCCAGCCUGUAGCCGGUUAGAACAUGUAGCCUAAACACCGUCCUCUCCAGCCUGUAGCCUGGUAGAGAACAUGUAGCCUAAACACCGUCCUCCAGCCUGUAGCCGGUAGGAACAUGUAGCCUAAACACCGUCCUCCAGCCUGUAGCCUGGUAGAACAUGUAGCCUAAACACCGUCCUCCAGCCUGUAGCCUGGUAGAACAUGUAGCCUAAACACCGUCCUCCAGCCUGUAGCCUGGUAGAACAUGUAGCCUAAACACCGUCCUCCAGCCUGUAGCCUGGUAGGACAUGUAGCCUAAACACCGUCCUCCAGCUGUAGCCUGGUAGACAUGUAGCCUAGCGCUGUACGGUAGACAUGUAGCCUAAACACCGUCCUAGCCUGUAGCCUGGUAGGACAUGUAGCCUGGUAGGUACAUGUUAGCCUGGUAGGACAUGUAGCCUAAACACCGUCCUCAGCCUGUAGCCGGUAGGACAUGUAGCCUGGUAGCUGUAGCCUGAGCUUUAGGACAUGUAGCCUAAACCACCGUCCUGUAGCCUGUAGCCGUAGGACAUGUAGCCUGGUAGGACAUGUAGCCUGGUAGGACAUGUAGCCUAAACACCUCCUGUAGCCUGGUAGGACAUGUAGCCUGGUAGGACAUGUAGCCUAAACACCGUCCUGUAGCCUGUAGCCCGGUAGGACAUGUAGCCUGGUAGGACAUGUAGCCUGGUAGGACAUGUAGCCUAAACACCACGCCUGUAGCCUGUAGCCCGGUAGGACAUGUAGCCUGGUAGGACAUGUAGCCUAAACACCGUCCUGUAGCCUGUAGCCCGGUAGGAAGUAGCGUAGGACAUGUAGCCUGGUAGGACAUGUAGCCUGGUAGGACAUGUAGCCUGUAGGACAUGUCCCUCAGCCUGUAGCCCGGUAGGACAUGUAGCCUGGUAGGACAUGUAGCCUAAACACGUCCUGUAGCCUGUAGCCGGUAGGACAUGUAGCCUAAACACCAUCCCUCAGCCUGUAGCCCGGUAGGACAUGUAGCCUGGUAGGACAUGUAGCCUAAACACCGUCCUGUAGCCUGUAGCCCGGUAGGACAUGUAGCCUGGUAGGACAUGUAGCCUAAACACCGUCCUGUAGCCUGUAGCCCGGUAGGACAUGUAGCCUGGUAGGACAUGUAGCCUAAACACCAUCCCUCAGCCUGUAGCCCGGUAGGACAUGUAGCCUGGUAGGACAUGUAGCCUAAACACCGUCCUGUAGCCUGUAGCCUGGUAGGACAUGUAGCCUGGUAGGACAUGUAGCCUAAACACCGUCCUGUAGCCUGUAGCCCGGUAGGACAUGUAGCUGGUAGGACAUGUAGCCUAAAACCCGUCCUGUAGCCUGUAGCCCGGUAGGACAUGUAGCCUGGUAGGACAUGUAGCCUAAACACCAUCCCUCAGCCUGUAGCCCGGUAGGACAUGUAGCCUGGUAGGACAUGUAGCCUAAACACCGUCCUGUAGCCUGUAGCCUGGUAGGACAUGUAGCCUGGUAGGACAUGUAGCCUAAACACCGUCCUGUAGCCUGUAGCCUGGUAGGACAUGUAGCCUGGUAGGACAUGUAGCCUAAACACCGUCCUGUAGCCUGUAGCCUGGUAGGACAUGUAGCCUAAACACCAUCCCUCAGCCUGUAGCCAUCCCCCAGCCUGUAGCCUAGCCCAUAGGCCUGUAGCCAUCCCCCAGCCUGUAGCCAUCCCCCAGCCUGUAGCCUAGCCCAUAGGCCUGUAGCCAUCCCCCAGCCUGUAGCCUAGCCCAUAGGCCUGUAGCCAUCCCCCAGCCUGUAGCCUAGCCCAUAGGCCAAUAUGUUUUAAGGUUUGUAUCACAACUAAAGUGGCCAUAAAAUUAUUUAAAUUAAGCACAUUAAUCCGCUUUACAAUGGGUGUAGAGCCUAACUGGCAUAUAUAAGCAGCGCGUGAGUUUCAAGUUUGGGGAAGAUAAUUUUCACCAUAAAAAUGCACCUUUAUAAUAAAAGCAUAUUACAUGCAUAAUUGCAUUUGUGGUCACUUUUGAGAAUGGUGUUUUCCACUAAUGGAACAUUCCCGCUAAUAGCCUACUGCCAUGUGCACAUUGCUGUGCUUAUAAUGUGAAGAAAUAGCCUAAUAGUUUAUCAACAUUUUAAGCUAAACGUUCUGAUCUGUCGCGUCAGCCACAUUGCAUAUAAACGUUUUUUUUAUGCUAGUGGUUGUAUUAAUUUGCGAAAUAUCGCAUCCCACAACUGUCCCAAACUAUGUUUGUAAUAUUUAUUUCUCGCACAGAAUAGAAUAGGUCGACUUUUGUACUAUGGGGGACAGUAGAUUGACAUAGGCUAGUGGUUUUACUGUUCGUUAGGCCGACUCAUCUUGUUGGCUGACUGUGAUGAUGAGUUUCUCAGGUAUCAAAGAAUCAAGGAUGCAAGAAUUUACUUAGACAUUCUGUGGAGAUUUCAUACCAAGUAUUUAUUGAAUCACGAGCUCGUGGGUUCAUCUAACGGACAUGGCUUUGCCCUUCGUCAGUUGAACUAAAUAGACAAAGAAGACCCUCUAUCUUAUAUAGCCGUUGGUUCAUCACUUUUUACCCCAAGUCACUAUCCUAAACAUCCCUCAUGCUAUCCUAAACAUCCCUCAUGCUAUCCUAAACAUCCCUCAUGCUAUCCUAAACAUCCCUCAUGCUAUCCUAAACAUCCCUCAUGCUAUCCUAAACAUCCCUCAUGCUAUCCUAAACAUCCCUCAUGCUAUCCUAAACAUCCCUCAUGCUAUCCUAAACAUCACUCAUGCUAUCCUAAACAUCCCUCAUGCUAUCCUAAACAUCCCUCAUGCUAUCCUAAACAUCCCUCAUGCUAUCCUAAACAUCCCUCAUGCUAUCCUAAACAUCACUAAUCUACCUUGACAUAAUGGAAUGUAGUCUUCAUGGCCCCAAACCACUCAUCUCUUAACUCUUCCUCUGUACUCACAACACUAUGACAUCAUUAUACCAUAAAAACAUAUCACUGACAAAAAGUAAAUCUGGACAGUUCUUUCAAUAUCUUCAAUAUUCACCUCGAAAUUGGAUAAGGACGCGCGCAGUUGCGUCCCCAAUGUGUCUGUCUUCACUUGUAGCCUGUGAGAAAGACCGAUCACGUGAUGGAGAGCCGUGUGAGUGAGGGAUGCUUCUGAUUGCGCAGCACACUCAGGGAGAAGGGCACAACGGCCACUGGCUGCAAAAGGCAUGGAUUAUUUUAGGGUGUAUUACGGCCACAAAGGGGACGCCGCCGUGAAUUUCGAGGCGUUAUCAAGCGCUUGUCAAAUUGUGAAUGAGAGACUGAUGUGGUGUGUACAGCCUGCGCAAAAAACCAAGCAGAGCUCAGGGAUUUCAAGCAACUUUUUUCAAUCAUCAUUAGUCUCAUCAUGCAGCCUUACAAUGUAUUAAAAAUCAACAUGUAGCCCAACGUUUGUAUCACUAAAUAACUCUAAAUUAAGCAUAUAGGAACACCUAUUUAUUUGUUAACUGCUCAACACAGAAUACGUGGUCUGUCGUACGGUAAUUUGGUAAAAAGCCUAUUUGACAUUUGCACAGUACAUUGUUUUCACAAAUGUACAAGUCUGCUGUUAAUGAUAAUGCAGAGGAUUUUCCCAAGGUUGCUGUGGACGCAUAUCCCACGGUAGUUGUUGGGGUCAAAUUUGUCUCCACUUUUGUGGAUUGGGGUGAUCAGUCCUUGGUUCCAAAUAUUGGGGAAGAUGCCAGAGCUAAGGAUGAUGUUAAAUAGUUUAAGUAUAGCCAGUUGGAAUUUGUGGUCUGUAUAUUUUAUCAUUUCAUUGAGGAUACCAUCAACACCACAGGACUUUUUGGGUUGGAGGGUUUGUAUUUUGUGCUGUAGUUCAUUCAAUGUAAUUGGAGAAUCCAGUGGGUUCUGGUAGUCUUUAAUAGUUGAUUCUAAGAUUUGUAUUUGAUCAUGUAUGUUUUUGCUGUUUUGUUCUUUGUUAUAGUGCCAAAAAUAUUGGAGAAGUGGUUUACCCAUAAAUCUCUGUUUUGGAUAGAUAGCUCUUUGUGUUCUUUCUUUAGUGUUUUCCAAUUUUCAUUGAGCUGAGUUCUGAUGUGCUGUAUUGUUUUAGUGAUUUAGCUGAGCUGGUAGAGCACGGCGCUUAUAACGCCAAGGUAGUGGGUUCGAUCCCCGGGACCACCCAUACACCAAAAAAAAAUGUAUGCACGCAUGACUGUAAGUCGCUUUGGAUAAAAGCGUCUGCUAAAUGGCAUAUUAUUAUAUAUAUUACCAUAGUGAAGGCAUAGGCUCAGGUUUUCUGGGUCUCUGUGUUUUUGGUUGGAUAAGUUUCUUCAUUUCUUUCUUAGGUUUUUGCAUUCUUCAAACCAUUUGUCAUUGUUUUAAUUUUGUUAGGUUGUCUGCUUGAAAUUUGUACUGUUUAGGAUUUCUACUGCCAAGUUUACACCUUCACUAUUAGUGACAUUUUUUGUCCAGAAAGUUGUCUAAAAGGGAUUUCAUUUGUUUUUGGCUAAUUGUUUUUUUGGUAGGGUUCUACACUACUUUCCUUCCGUCAGUAGCAUUUCUUAAUAUUAUAUAGUUCCUUUAGCUUUGAUGCCUCAUGAUUUGAGUACUGCUCUGUUCAAGUAGUGUGAUUCUGCUGUGAUCUGAUAGGGGUGUCAUUGGGCUGACUGUGAACGCUCUGAGAGACUCUGGGUUGAGGUCAGUGAUAAAGUAUUCUACAGUACUACUGCCAAGAGAUGAGCUAUAGGUGUACCACCCAUAGGAGUCCACUCAACGCCUACCAUUGACUAUGUACAGACCCAGCGUGCUGCAGGAGUUAUGACCUGUUUUUGUUGGUUGUUUUGUCAUAGUUGUCUGGGAGGGCAUAUUUGGGAGGGAAUGCUGUCACCUCCAGGUAGGUGUUUGUCCCCCUGUGUGCUGAGGGUGUCAGGUUCUUGUCCAGUUCCGGCAUUUGGGUCGCCACAGACUAGUACAUGUCCCUAGGCCUGGAAAUGGUUGAUCUCCCCCUCUAGGACGGAGAAGCUGUCUUCAUUAAAGUAUGGGGAUUCUAGUGGGGGGAUAUAGGUAGCACACAGGAGGACAUUUUUUUUUCUUCCUCUGAGAUAAUUUCCUGUGGAAUUUCUAGCCAAAUGUUCCUGUUUUGAUUAAUUUAAUAGAGUGGGUUAGGUCUGCUCUAUACCAAAUUAGCAUACCCCCUGAGUCCCUUCCCUGUUUCACACCUGGUAGUUUGGUGGAUGGGACUACCAGCUCUCUGUAACCUAGAGGGCAACCAGUGGGUCCGUCUCCUCUACACCAUGUUUCUUGUUUUAGGUUUUAUUUAUUCGCACCAAAGAAAAGAAGUGAAAGACAAAACGGUACAGAUAACAACAGGUAUAAACGCUGUGCAGGUGAGGUUGGAAACCCAAAAGGGCUGAUAUGAAAACCACACCUCAAAUAGAAGUACAAAGUUUGUUCAAUCAAACAAAGCAUAUUAAUUAGGAAUUGUACAUGAUAUACCUAGUAUACAAGAAAACCAUGUUGGAUUAUGUGUGUGUGAGAGUUAGUCUUCAUGGAGGUGAUUAUUGGGUAGCUUGGUUCAUCAGGCUGACCCCCAGUCUUCAUGGAGGAGAUUACUGAGUAGUUUGGUUCAUCAGGCUGACCCCCAGUCUCCAUGGAGGAGAUUACUGAGUAGUUUGGUUCAUCAGGCUGACCCCCAGUCUAUAUGGAGGAGAUUACUGAGUAGUUUGGUUCAUCAGGCUGACCCCCCAGUCUAUAUGGAGGAGAUUACUGGGUAGUUUGGUUCAUCAGGCUGACCCCCAGUCUCCAUGGAGGAGAUUACUGAGUAGUUUGGUUCAUCAGGCUGACCCCCAGUCUUCAUGGAGGAGAUUACUGAGUAGUUUGGUUCAUCAGGCUGACCCCCCAGUCUUCAUGGAGGAGAUUAACUGAGUAGUUUGGUUCAUCAGGCUGACCCCCAGUCUCAUGGAGGAGAUUACUGAGUAGUUUGGUUCAUCAGGCUGACCCCCAGUCUCAUGGAGGAGAUUACUGAGUAGUUUUGGUUCAUCAGGCUGACCCCCAGUCUCCAUGAGGAGAUUACUGAGUAGUUUGGUUCAUCAGGCUGACCCCCAGUCUUCAUGGAGGAGAUUACUGAUAGUUUGGUUAUCAGGCCUGACCCCCCAGUCUUCAUAGAGGAGAUUACUGAGUAGUUUGGUUCAUCAGGCUGACCCCCCAGUCUUCAUGGAGGAGAUUACUGGGUAGUUUGGUCAUCAGGCUGACCCCCCAGUCUUCAUGGAGGAGAUUACUGAGUAGUUUGGUUCAUCAGGGCCUGACCCCCCAGUCUUCAUGGAGGAGAUUACUGAGUAGUUUGGUUCAUCAGGCUGACCCCCAGUCUCCAUGGAGGAGAUUACUGGGUAGUUUUGGUUCAUCAGGCUGACCCCCCAGUCUUCAUGGAGGAGAUUACUGAGUAGUUUUGGUUCAUCAGGCUGACCCCCCCAGUCUUCAUGGAGGAGAUUACUGAGUAGUUUGGUUCAUCAGGCUGACCCCCAGUCUCCAUGGAGGAGAUUACUGAGUAGUUUGGUUCAUCAGGCUGACCCCCAGUCUCCAUGGAGGAGAUUACUGAGUAGUUUGGUUCAUCAGGCUGACCCCCAGUCUCCAUGGAGGAGAUUACUGAGUAGUUUGGUUCAUCAGGCUGACCCCCAGUCUCCAUGGAGGAGAUUACUGAGUAGUUUGGUUCAUCAGGCUGAUCCCCAGUCUUUGGUUCAUCAGGCUGACCCCCAGUCUUUGGUUCAUCAGGCUGACCCCCAGUCUUCAUGGAGGAGAUUACUGAGUAGUUUGGUUCAUCAGGCUGACCCCCAGUCUCCAUGGAGGAGAUUACUGAGUAGUUUGGUACAUCAGGCUGACCCCCAGUCUUUGGUUCAUCAGGCUGACCCCCAGUCUUUGGUUCAUCAGGCUGACCCCCCAGUCUUCAUGGAGGAGAUUACUGAGUAGUUUGGUUCAUCAGGCUGACCCCCCAGUCUCCAUGGAGGAGAUUACUGAGUAGUUUGGUUCAUCAGGCUGACCCCCAGUCUCCAUGGAGGAGAUUACUGAGUAGAUUGGUUCAUCAGGCUGACCCCCCAGUCUCCAUGGAGGAGAUUACUGAGUAGUUUGGUUCAUCAGGCUGACCCCCCAGUCUUCAUGGAGGAGAUUACUGAGUAGUUUGGUUCAUCAGGCUGAUCCCCAGUCUCCAUGGAGGAGAUUACUGAGUAGUAUGGUUCAUCAGGCUGACCCCCAGUCUUCAUGGAGGAGAUUACUGAGUAGUUUGGUUCAUCAGGCUGACCCCCAGUCUUCAUGGAGGAGAUUACUGAGUAGUUUGGUUCAUCAGGCUGACCCCCAGUUUUCAUGGAGGAGAUUACUGAGUAGUUUGGUUCAUCAGGCUGACCCCCCAGUCUUUGGUUCAUCAGGCUGACCCCCCAGUCUUCAUCAGGCUGACCCCCCAGUCUUUGGUUCAUCAGGCUGACCCCCCAGUCUUCAUCAGGCUGACCCCCCGUCUUUGGUUCAUCAGGCUGACCCCCCAGUCUUUGGUUCAUCAGGCUGACCCCCCAGUCUUUGGUUCAUCAGGCUGACCCCCAGUCUUCAUCAGGCUGACCCCCAGUCUUCAUCAGGCUGACCCCCAGUCUUUGGUUCAUCAGGCUGACCCCAAGUCUUCAUCAGGCUGACCCCCCCAGUCUUUGGUUCAUCAGGCUGACCCCCAGUCUUCAUCAGGCUGACCCCCAGUCUUCACCAGGCGACCCCCAGUCUUCACCAGGCUGACCCCCAGUCUUCACCAGGCUGACCCCCAGUCUUCAUCAAGGCUGACCCCCCCAGUCUUCAUCAGGCUGACCCCCCCCAGUCUUCAUCAAGGCUGACCCCCCAGUCUUCAUCAGGCUGACCCCCCCAGUCUUCAUCAGGCUGAACCCCCAGUCUUCAUCAGGCUGACCCCCCAUUCUUUGGUUCAUCAGCAUCUUCAUCAGGCUGACCCCCCAGUCUUCAUCAGGCUGACCCCCCAGUCUUCAUCAGGCUGACCCCCCAGUCUUCAUCAGGCUGACCCCCCAGUCUUCAUCAGGGCCCAGUCUGACCCCCCAGUCUUCAUCAGGCUGACCCCCCAGUCUUUGGUUCAUCAGGCUGACCCCCCAGUCUUCAUCAGGCUGACCCCCAGUCUUCAUCAGGCUGACCCCCAGUCUUCAUCAGGCUGACCCCCAGUCUUCAUCAGGCUGACCCCCCAGUCUUCAUCAGGCUGACCCCCCAGUCUUCAUCAGGCUGACCCCCCAGUCUUCAUCAGGCUGACCCCCCAGUCUUCAUCAGGCUGACCCCCAGUCACAGGGACCCCAGUCUUCAUCAGGCUGGACCCCCAGUCUUCAUCAGCUGACCCCCAGUCUCAUCAGGCUGACCCCCCAGUCUUCAUCAGGCUGACCCCCCCAGUCUUCAUCAGGCUGACCCCCCAGUCUUCAUCAGGCUGACCCCCCAGUCUUCAUCAGGCUGACCCCCAGUCUUCAUCAGGCUGACCCCCCAGUCUUUGUUUCAUCAGGCUGACCCCCCAGUCUUUGUUCAUCAGGCUGACCCCCAGUCUUCAUCAGGCUGACCCCCAGUCUUCAUCAGGCUGACCCCCCAGUCUUCAUCAGGCUGACCCCCAGUCUUCAUCAGGCUGACCCCCCAGUCUUCAUCAGGCUGACCCCCAGUCUUCAUCAGGCUGACCCCCAGUCUUCAUCAGGCUGACCCCCCAGUCUUCAUCAGGCUGCCACCCCCAGUCUUCAUCAGGCUGCCCCCCCAGUCUUCAUCAGGCUGACCCCCCAGUCUUCAUCAGGCUGACCCCCCAGUCUUCGCUGGAAGUUAUUGAGGGAUGCCUCCCGAGUGCAUCUAGUGGUGCAGUGGUCUAAGGCUACAUCCCGCCGUCGCUCUAGUGCGCUGUGGUCUAAGGUAAUCCCUGCCGCGCUAGUGGUGCAGUGUCUAAGGCUCACCCCCGGCGCUCUAUGGUGCAUGGUCAAGGCUACAUCCCCCGGCGCUCUAGUGGUCAGUGGUCUAAGGCUACAUCCCUGGCUGCGCUCUAGUGGCGCUUUUGGUCUAAGGCUACAUCCCUGCCGGCGCUCUAGUGCGCUGUGGUUAAGGCUACUCCCUCCCGGCGCUCUAGUGGCGCUGUGGUCUAAGGCUAAUUCCUGCCGCGUCUAGUGCGCUGUGUCUAAGCUACAUCCCUGCCGGCGCUCUAGUGGCGGUGGCUAAGGCUACAUCCCUGCCGCCGUCUUCUAGUGCUGCAGUGGUCAUAGGCUACCCGCCGGCUCUAGUGGCGCUGGGUCUAAGGCUACUCCCGCCGGCGCUUAGUGCGUGUGGUCAAAGGCUAAUCCCUGCCGGCGCUCUAGUGGCGCUGUGUCAUAAGGCUAAUCCCUGCCGGCUCUAGGGUUGCAGUGUUGAAGGCACAUCCCUGCCGGCGCUCUAGUGGCGCUGUGGUCUAAGGCUACAUCCCUGCCGGCGCUCUAGUGGCGCUGUGGUCUAAGGCUACAUCCCUGCCGGCGCUCUAGUGGCGCUGUGGUCUAAGGCUACAUCCCUGCCGGCGCUGUAGUGGGUGCAGUGGUCUAAGGCUACAUCCCUGCCGGCGCUCUAGUGGCGCUGUGGUCUAAGGCUACAUCCCUGCCGGCGCUCUAGUGGCGCUGUGGUCUAAGGCUACAUCCCUGCCGGCGCUCUAGUGGCGCUGUGGUCUAAGGCUACAUCCUGCCGGCGCUCUAGUGGCGUGUGGUCUAAGGCUACAUCCCUGCCGGCGCUCUAGUGGUGCAGUGGUCUAAGGCUACAUCCCUGCCGGCGCUCUAGUGGUGCAGUGGUCUAAGGCUACAUCCCUGCCGGCGCUCUAGUGGCGCGUGGUCUAAGGCUACAUCCCUGCCGGCGCUCUAUGGCGCUGGUCAAAGGCUAAUCCCUCGGCGCUCUAGUGGUGCGGUCUAAGGCUACAUCCCUGCCGGCGCUCUAGUGGCGCUGUGGUCUAAGGCUACAUCCUGCCGGCGCUCUAGUGGCGCUGUGGUCUAAGGCUACAUCCCUGCCGGCGCUCUAGUGGCGCUGUGGUCUAAGGCUACAUCCCUGCCGGCGCUCUAGUGGCGCUGUGGUCUAAGGCUACAUCCCUGCCGGCGCUCUAGUGGUGCAGUGGUCUAAGGCUACAUCCCUGCCGGCGCUCUAGUGGCGCUGUGGUCUAAGGCUACAUCCCUGCCGGCGCUCUAGUGGCGCUGUGGUCUAAGGCUACAUCCCUGCCGGCGCUCUAGUGGCGCUGUGGUCUAAGGCUACAUCCCUGCCGGCGCUCUAGUGGCGCUGUGGUCUAAGGCUACAUCCCUGCCGGCGCUCUAGUGGCGCUUUGGUCUAAGGCUACAUCCCUGCCGGCGCUGUAGUGGUGCAGUGGUCUAAGGCUACAUCCCUGCCGGCGCUCUAGUGGUGCAGUGGUCUAAGGCUACAUCCCUGCCGGCGCUCUAGUGGUGCAGUGGUCUAAGGCUACAUCCCUGUCGGCGCUCUAGUGGUGCAGUGGUCUAAGGCUACAUCCCUGCCGGCGCUCUAGUGGCGCUGUGGUCUAAGGCUACAUCCCUGCCGGCGCUCUAGUGGCGCUGUGGUCUAAGGCUACAUCCCUGCCGGCGCUCUAGUGGCGCUGUGGUCUAAGGCUACAUCCCUGCCGGCGCUCUAGUGGCGCUGUGGGUCUAAAUCUACAUCCCUGCCGGCGCUCUAGUGGCGCUGUGGUCUAAGGCUACAUCCCUGCCGGCGCUCUAGUGGCGCUUGUGGUCUAAGGCUACAUCCCUGCCGGCGCUCUAGUGGCGCUGUGGUCUAAGUCUACAUCCCUGCCGGCGCUCUAGUGGCGCUGUGGUCUAAGGCUACAAUCCCUGCCGGCGCUCUAGUGGCGCUGUGGUCUAAGGCUACAUCCCUGCCGGCCGCUCUAGUGGCGCUGUGGUCUAAGGCUACAUCCCUGCCGGCGCUCUAGUGGCGCUGUGGUCUAAGGCUACAUCCCUGCCGGCGCUCUAGUGGCGCUGUGGUCUAAGGCUACAUCCCUGCCGGCGCUCUAGUGGCGCUGUGGUUAAGGCUACAUCCCUGCCGGCGCUCUAGUGGGCUGUGGUCUAAGGCUACAUCCCUGCCGGCGCUCUAGUGGCGCUGUGGUCUAAGGCUACAUCCCUGCCGGCGCUCUAGUGGCGCUGUGGUCUAAGGCUACAUCCCUGCCGGCGCUCUAGUGGUGCAGUGGUCUAAGGCUACAUCCCUGCCGGCGCUCUAGUGGUGCAGUGGUCUAAGGCUACAUCCCUGCCGGCGCUCUAGUGGCGCUGUGCCACUAGAGAUCCUGGUUCGAAUCCAGGCUCUGUCUAGCCGGCCGCGACCGGGAGACCCAUGGGGCGGCGCACAAUUGGCCCAGCGUCGUCCAGGGUAGGGGAGGGAAUGGCCGGCAGGGAUGUAGCUCAGUUGGUAGAGCAACGCCAGGGUUGUGGGUUCGAUUCCCAUGGGGGGGGUAUGAAAAAAAUAAAAUGUAUGUAUGCACUCACUAACUGUAAGUCGCUCUGGAUAAGAGCGUCUGCUAAAUGACCCCAAAAAAAGAGGUUUUGGCAAUGUGAAGAUAAGAAUUCCAGAGUAUGGUACCUCUGUAUCUGAUAGAGAAUUGACUAUGUGAGGUGUGGCAGUGGGGAGGGUGAAGGUUAUCGCAGUGUCUUGUGUUAUAUAGAUGGAUUUCAGAAUUAACCUGGAAGAAUCCGUUGAAGGGUUUAGGUAAACUGACUGGGAGGUGUGAGUAUUUGUAGAUGCAUAGACACUUUACCCCAACCUUUCCCCCGACCUUUACCCCUACCUACAUGUACAAAUUACCUCAACUAACCUGUACCCCCACACAUUGACUCUGUACCGGUACCCCCUGUAUUGGCGCUUGCAACGCCAGGGUUGUGGUUUCGUUUCCCACGGGGGGCCAGUAUGAAAAUGUAUGCACUCACUAACUGUAAGUCGCUCUGGAUAAGAGCGUCUGCUAAAUGACUAAAAUGUAAAUGUAUAUACAGUUGAAGUCGGAAGUUUACAUACACUUAGGUUGGAGUCAUUAAAACUCGUUUUUCAACCACUCCACAAAUUUCUUGUUAACAAACUAUAGUUUUGGCAAGUCGGUUAGGACAUCUACUUUGUGCAUGACACAAGUAAUUUUUCCUACAAUUGUUUACAGACAGAUUAUUUCACUUAUAAUUUACUGUAUCACAAUUCCAGUGGGUCAGAAGUUUACAUACACUAAGUUGACUGUGCCUUUAAACAGCUUGGAAAAUUCCAGAAAAUGAUGUCAUGGCUUUAGAAGCUUCUGAUCAGCUAAUUGACAUCAUUUGAGACAAUUGGAGGUGUACCUGUGGAUGUAUUUCAAGGCCUACCUUCAAACUCAGUGCCUCUUUGCUUGACAUCAUGGGAAAAUCAAAAGAAAUCAGCCAAGACCUCAGAAUAAAAAUUGUAGACCUCCACAUGUUAGUCUCCUGAGUGGCGCAGUGGUCUAAGGCACUGCAUCGCAGUGUUAACUGUGCCACUAGAGAUCCUGGUUCGAAUCCAGGCUCUGUCGCAGCCGGCCGCGACCGGGAGACUCAUGGGCGGCGCACAAUUGGCCCAGCGUCGUCCAGGGUAGGGGAGGGAAUGGCCGGCAGGGAUGUAGCUCAGUUGGUAGAGCAUGGCGUUUGCAACGCCAGGGUUGUGGGUUCGAUUCUCACGGGGGGCCAGUAUAAAAAAAAAGAUGUAUUCACUAACUGUAAGUCGCUCUGGAUAAGAGCGUCUGCUAAAUGACUAAAAUGUAAAAUGUAAAUGUAAUGGUUCAUCCUUUGGAGUAAUUUCCAAAUGCCUGAAGGUACCACGUUCAUCUGUACAAACAAUAGUAUGCAAGUAUAAACACCAUGGGACCACGCAACCGUCAUACCGCUCAGGAAGGAGACGCGUUCUGUCUCCUAGAGAUGAACUUACUUUGGUGCGAAUAGUGCAAAUCAAUCCCAGAACAACAGCAAAGGACCUUGUGCGGAGGAAACAGGUACAAAAGUAUCUAUAUCCACAGUAAAACAAGUCCUAUAUCGACAUAACCUGAAAGGCCGCUCAGCAAGGAAGAAGCCACUGCUCCAAAACCACCAUAAAAAAGCCAGACUACGGUUUGCAACUGCACAUGGGGACAAAGAUCGUACUUUUGGGGGAAAUGUCCUCUGGUCUGAUUAAACAAAAAUAGUACUGUUUGGCCAUAAUGACCAUCGUUAUGUUUGGAGGAAAAAGGGGGGUCUUGCAAGCCGAAGAACACCAUCCCAACCGUGAAGCACGGGGGUGGCAGCAUCAUGCUGUGGGGGUGCUUUGCUGCAGGAGGGACUGGUGCACUUCACGAAAUAGAUGGCAUCAUGAGGAAGGAAAAUUGUGGAUAUACUGAAGCAACGUCUCAAGACAUCAGUCGGGAAGUUUAAAGCUUGGUCGCAAAUGGGUCUUCCAAAUGGACAAUGACCCCAAGCAUACUUCCAAAGCUGUGGCAAAAUGGCUUAAAGACAACAAAGUCAAGGUAUUGGAGUGGCCAUCACAAAGCCUUGACCUCUAUCCUAUAGAAAAUGUGUGGGCAGAACUGAAAAAGCGUGUGCGAGCAAGGAGGCCUACAAACCUGACUCAGUUACACCAGCUCUGUCAGGAGGAAUGGGCCAAAAUUCACCCAACUUAUUGUGGGAAGCUUGUGGAAGGCUACCCGACACGUUUGACCCAAGUUACAUUUACAUUUUAGUCAUUUAGCAGACGCUCUUAUCCAGAGUGAGUGCAUACAUUUAUUAUUUAUUUUUCAUACUGGCCCCCUGUGGGAAUCGAACCCACAACCCUGGCGUUACAAACGCCCUGCUCUACCAACUGAACCCUGCUCUACCAACUGAGCCCUGCUCUACCAACUGGAUUCCCAGUGGAAAUCGAACCCACAACCCUGGCGUUGCUGAUCUACAGGGGCCCGUGUAGCCCGUGUGCUGCCACCGCCAUGCUUCACCGUAGGGAUGGUGCCAGGUUUCCUCCAGACGUGAUGCUUGGCAUUCAGGCCAAAGAGUUCAAUCUUGGUUUCAUCAGACCAGAGAAUCUUGUUUCUCAUGGUCUGAGAGUCUUUAGGUGCCUUUUUACAAACUCCAAGCGGGCUGUCAUGUGCCUUUUACUGAGGAGUGACUUCCGUCUGGCCACUCUACCAUAAAGGCCUGAUUGGUGGAGUGCUGCAGAGAUAGUUGUCCGUCUGGAAGGUUCUCCCAUCUCCACAGAGGAACUCUGGAGCUCUGUCAGUGACCAUUGGGUUGUUGGUAACCUCCCUGACCAAGGCCCUUCUCCCCCGAUUGCUCAGUUUGGCCGGGCGGCCAGCUCUAGGAAGAGUCUUGGUGGUUCCAAACUUCUUCCAUUUAAGAAUGAUGGAGGGCACUGUGUUCUUGGGGACCUUCAAUGCUGCGACAUUUUUUGGUACCCUUCCCCAGAACUGCGCCUCGACACAAUCCUGUCUCGGAGCUCUACAGACAAUUCCUUCGACAUCAUGGCUUGGUUUUGCUCUGACAUGCACUGUCAACUGUGGGACCUUUUAUAUAGACAGGUGUGUGUGCCUUUCCAAAUCAUGCCCAAUCAACUGAAUUUACCACAGGUGGACUCCAAGUUGUAGAAACAUCUCAAGGAUGAUCAAUGCACCUGAGCAUGCACCCAAGCUCAAUUUCGAGUCUUAGGGCAAAGGGUCUGAAUACUUAGCAAACAUUUCAAAACUUGUUUUCGCUUUGUCAUUAUUGGGUAGUGUGUGUAGAUUGAGUAAAAAAAUAUUGAAAUCAAUUUUAGAAUAAGGCUGUAACGUAACAAUGUGGAAAAGUCAAGGGGUCUGAAUACUUUCUGAAUGCACUGUACCUCUUAGGUUGCAGGAUGGGGCUUGGGUGGGUGUUGGGCCUGUUAGGGUUAGGGUUAGGGCUCUGCUCACGGCCCAGGCAUAUGGGUUAGGGUUAGGGUUAGGGCUCUGCUCACGGCCCAGGGUUAGGGUUAGGGUUAGGGCUAGGGCUCUGCUCACGGCCCAGGCAUAUGGGUUAGGGUUAGGGUUAGGGCUCUGCUCACGGCCCAGGGUUAGGGUUAGGGUUAGGGCUAGGGCUCUGCUCACGGCCCAGGCAUAUGUGCGGCUGUCAUGUUGAGGUCCUUGCUGCAAGUUAUCUCUGGAUGGGUGAAGAGAUGGUUAUAAAUCUUUAGUCUACAUUACUGUAUGUCAGAGCAUUUCAGGUACUUUUCUUUCCAUCUGCCUCCUCUCUCUAUUCUAGCUCUGUCUCUCUCUCUGUCUCUCUCUCUGUCUCUCUCUGUCUCUGUGUCUCUGUGUGUAGUACAAAUCCCAUUAUUGUGGAAGCACCUCGUCUAAGAGUAUGAAUUAGCCUGUUUGAGAAGGUUUGAAUCCUAAGCAACCUGCCUACACAUAGUUUGAAGUACAAUAGACCAACACAGCUACUGUAGUAGGUCAAAGCUGUGUGCUGGAAAACCUUGGUAGAGCAUGGGUGGAAUAGGUAUUGUGGUGCUCAUGUGGAUUUCCUUUUAUUUUUUGGCUUCAGACCAUUGCCUACUUCUCACUUAAAACAGAUUGUUUCUAAUAUCUAAUAGGGCUGUGACGAUAAAUCUGAGUGUUUUGUUUCCUUGUCACAAUACCAACGAGUAUCGCGAUACUGGUAUCCUCCCAGGCCUAAUAUCUAACUCUCUGCUCCUUAGGGUGGUGGCUGAGAAGGGAACGGAGGUGAUGUUCUCCAAGCCCAGGAAGUGGAUCCGUUCGGGGUGUUCAGGGGCGCUGGGGUACGUGGACAUCCAGACCCUGGCUGAGGGGACGUGUGGAUACGACCUCAACGACACUGACGUGGCCUGGCUGGAGCUCAUCAACCACCAGUUCUCUCAGAUGGGUCAGUAGAUUCACCCCCUCAACUACCGCUGUACAGCGCACUGUGGAGUGUUGACUGUCAUGGUUCGGCACUGUGUAGUGUUGACUGUGUCAUGGUUCAGCACUGUGUAGUGUUGACUGGUCAUGGUUCGGCACUGUGUAGUGUUGACUGUGUCAUGGUUCAGCACUGUGGAGUGUUGACUGGUGUCAUGGUUCAGCACUGUGUAGUGUUGACUGGGUCAUGGUUCAGCACUGUGUAGUGUUGACUGUGUCAUGGUUCAGCACUGUGUAGUGUUGACUGGGUCAUGGUUCAGCACUGUGUAGUGUUGACUGUGUCAUGGUUCAGCACUGUGUCGUGUUGACUGUGUCAUGGUUCAGCACUGUGGAGUGUUGACUGUGUCAUGGUUCAGCACUGUGUAGUGUUGACUGGGUCAUGGUUCAGCACUGUGUAGUGUUGACUGUGUCAUGGUUCAGCACUGUGUAGUGUUGACUGGGUCAUGGUUCAGCACUGUGUAGUGUUGACUGUGUCAUGGUUCGGCACUGUGUAGUGUUGACUGUGUCAUGGUUCGGCACUGUGUAGUGUUGACUGUGUCAUGGUUCAGCACUGUGUAGUGUUGACUGUGUCAUGGUUCAGCACUGUGUAGUGUUGACUGUGUCAUGGUUCGGCACUGUGUAGUGUUGACUGUGUCAUGGUUCGGCACUGUGUAGUGUUGACUGUGUCAUGGUUCGGCACUGUGUAGUGUUGACCGUGUCAUGGUUCAGCACUGUGUCAUGGUUCAGCACUGUGUCAUGGUUCAGCACUGUGUAGUGUUGACCGUGUCAUGGUUCAGCACUGUGUCAUGGUUCAGCACUGUGGAGUGUUGACUGUGUCAUGGUUCGGCACUGUGUAGUGUUGACUGUGUCAUGGUUCGGCACUGUGUAGUGUUGACUGUGUCAUGGUUCGGCACUGUGGAGUGUUGACUGUGUCAUGGUUCGGCACUGUGUCGUGUUGACUGUGUCAUGGUUCGGCACUGUGUCGUGUUGACUGUGUCAUGGUUCAGCACUGUGUAGUGUUGACUGUGUCAUGGUUCAGCACUGUGUAGUGUUGACUGUGUCAUGGUUCAGCACUGUGUAUUGUUGACUGUGUCAUGGUUCGGCACUGUGUAGUGUUGACUGUGUCAUGGUUCGGCACUGUGUAGUGUUGACUGUGUCAUGGUUCGGCACUGUGUAGUGUUGACUGUGUCAUGGUUCAGCACUGUGUAGUGUUGACUGUGUCAUGGUUCAGCACUGUGUAGUGUUGACUGUGUCAUGGUUCAGCACUGUGUAGUGUUGACUGUCAUGGUUCAGCACUGUGUAGUGUUGACUGUGUCAUGGUUCAGCACUGUGUAGUGUUGACCGUGUCAUGGUUCAGCACUGUGUAGUGUUGACUGUGUCAUGGUUCAGCACUGUGUAGUGUUGACUGUGUCAUGGUUCAGCACUGUGUCAUGGUUCAGCACUGUGUAGUGUUGACCGUGUCAUGGUUCAGCACUGUGUCAUGGUUCAGCACUGUGUAGUGUUGACUGUGUCAUGGUUCAGCACUGUGUAGUGUUGACUGUGUCAUGGUUCAGCACUGUGUAGUGUUGACUGUGUCAUGGUUCAGCACUGUGUAGUGUUGACUGGUCAUGGUUCAGCACUGUGUAGUGUUGACUGUGUCAUGGUUCAGCACUGUGUAGUGUUGACUGUGUCAUGGUUCAGCACUGUGUAGUGUUGACUGUGUCAUGGUUCAGCACUGUGUCAUGGUUCAGCACUGUGUAGUGUUGACCGUGUCAUGGUUCAGCACUGUGUAGUGUUGACUGUGUCAUGGUUCAGCACUGUGUCGUGUUGACGGUCUGUUCUCCAGGCAUGGUGCUGCUGGACGAGGUGACCAUGGAGAGAGGGUUGGGCUCAGACUGUCCUAUAAUCGAUAGAUAGUACUAUGAUACUAUAAUAGUGCGACAUUUUGGCAACAGCAUUUGUUCUACUUAACUAGUCAGAUGACCUCAUCUCUGCGUGCAGUUUUAAGGUCGUUUCUGGAACCAUUGCAAACUAGCGUUAGCGCAAUGACUGGAAGUCUACAGGAACGACUAGCAUGUCACACUAUCCCUUUAAUGUUAUCUGUUCCCCAGGCAUAGCUGUGCUGGAUGAGACGACUAUGGAGAGAGGGUUAGGGGUUAGUCUAGACUGGACUAUAAUAGACCAUCAUGGAGAGAGGGUUAGGGGUUAGUCUAGACUGUACUAUAAUAUAUAUAAUAGACCACCAUGGAGAGAGGGUUAGGGGUUAGUCUAGACUGGACUAUAAUAGACCAUCAUGGAGAGAGGGUUAGGGGUUAGUCUAGACUGUACUAUAAUAGACCACCAUGGAGAGAGGGUUAGGGGUUAGUCUAGACUGGACUAUAAUAGACCAUCAUGGAGAGAGGAUUAGGGGUUAGUCUAGACUAUAAUAUAUAUAAUAGACCACCAUGGAGAGAGGGUUAGGGGUUAGUCUAGACUGGACUAUAAUAUAUAUAAUAGACCACCAUGGAGAGAGGGUUAGGGGUUAGUCUAGACUGUACUAUAAUAGACCAUCAUGGAGAGAGGGUUAGGGGUUAGUCUAGACUGGACUAUAAUAGACCAUCAUGGAGAGAGGGUUAGGGGUUAGUCUAGACUGGACUAUAAUAUAUAUAAUAGACCACCAUGGAGAGAGGGUUAGGGGUUAGUCUAGACUGUACUAUAAUAGACCAUCAUGGAGAGAGGGUUAGGGGUUAGUCUAGACUGUACUAUAAUAGACCAUCAUGGAGAGAGGGUUAGGGGUUAGUCUAGACUGUACUAUAAUAGACCAUCAUGGAGAGAGGGUUAGGGGUUAGUCUAGACUGUACUAUAAUAGACCAUCAUGGAGAGAGGGUUAGGGGUUAGUCUAGACUGGACUAUAAUAGACCACCAUGGAGAGAGGGUUAGGGGUUAGUCAAGACUGGACUAUAAUAUAUAUAAUAGACCAUCAUGGAGAGAGGGUUAGGGGUUAGUCUAGACUGUACUAUAAUAGACCACCAUGGAGAGAGGGUUAGGGGUUAGUCUAGACUGGACUAUAAUAGACCAUCAUGGAGAGAGGGUUAGGGGUUAGUCUAGACUGUACUAUAAUAGACCAUCAUGGAGAGAGGGUUAGGGGUUAGUCUAGACUGGACUAUAAUAUAUAUAAUAGACCACCAUGGAGAGAGGGUUAGGGGUUAGUCUAGACUGGACUAUAAUAUAUAUAAUAUACCAUCAUGGAGAGAGGGUUAGGGGUUAGUCUAGACUGGACUAUAAUAUAUAUAAUAGACCACCAUGGAGAGAGGGUUAGGGGUUAGUCUAGACUGGACUAUAAUAUAUAUAUAGACCAUCAUGGAGAGAGGGUUAGGGGUUAGUCUAGACUGGACUAUAAUAUAUAUAAUAGACCACCAUGGAGAGAGGGUUAGGGGUUAGUCUAGACUGGACUAUAAUAGACCACCAUGGAGAGAGGGUUAGGGGUUAGUCUAGACUGGACUAUAAUAGACCAUCAUGGAGAGAGGGUUAGGGGUUAGUCUAGACUGUACUAUAAUAUAUAUAAUAGACCAUCAUGGAGAGAGGGUUAGGGGUUAGUCUAGACUGUACUAUAAUAUAUAUAAUAGACCAUCAUGGAGAGAGGGUUAGGGGUUAGUCUAGACUGUACUAUAAUAUAUAUAAUAGACCAUCAUGGAGAGAGGGUUAGGGGUUAGUCUAGACUGUACUAUAAUAGACCACCAUGGAGAGGGGGUUAGGGGUUAGUCUAGACUGUACUAUAAUAUAUAUAAUAGACCUCCAUGGAGAGAGGGUUAGGGGUUAGUCUAGACUGUACUAUAAUAGCCCAUCAUGGAGAGAGGGUUAGGGGUUAGUCUAGACUGUACUAUAAUAGACCACCAUGGAGAGAGGGUUAGGGGUUAGUCUAGACUGUACUAUAAUAGACCACCAUGGAGAGAGGGUUAGGGGUUAGUCUAGACUGGACUAUAAUAUAUAUAAUAGACCACCAUGGAGAGAGGGUUAGGGGUUAGUCUAGACUGUACUAUAAUAUAUAUAAUAGACCAUCAUUGAGAGAGGGUUAGGGGUUAGUCUAGACUGGACUAUAAUAUAUAUAAUAGACCACCAUGGAGAGAGGGUUAGGGGUUAGUCUAGACUGGACUAUAAUAUAUAUAAUAUACCAUCAUGGAGAGAGGGUUAGGGGUUAGUCUAGACUGGACUAUAAUAUAUAUAAUAGACCACCAUGGAGAGAGGGUUAGGGGUUAGUCUAGACUGGACUAUAAUAUAUAUAAUAGACCAUCAUGGAGAGAGGGUUAGGGGUUAGUCUAGACUGGACUAUAAUAUAUAUAAUAGACCACCAUGGAGAGAGGGUUAGGGGUUAGUCUAGACUGGACUAUAAUAGACCACCAUGGAGAGAGGGUUAGGGGUUAGUCUAGACUGGACUAUAAUAGACCAUCAUGGAGAGAGGGUUAGGGGUUAGUCUAGACUGUACUAUAAUAUAUAUAAUAGACCAUCAUGGAGAGAGGGUUAGGGGUUAGUCUAGACUGUACUAUAAUAUAUAUAAUAGACCAUCAUGGAGAGAGGGUUAGGGGUUAGUCUAGACUGUACUAUAAUAUAUAUAAUAGACCUCCAUGGAGAGAGGGUUAGGGGUUAGUCUAGACUGUACUAUAAUAGCCCAUCAUGGAGAGAGGGUUAGGGGUUAGUCUAGACUGUACUAUAAUAGACCACCAUGGAGAGAGGGUUAGGGGUUAGUCUAGACUGUACUAUAAUAGACCACCAUGGAGAGAGGGUUAGGGGUUAGUCUAGACUGUACUAUAAUAGACCAUCAUGGAGAGAGGGUUAGGGGUUAGUCUAGACUGGACUAUAAUAUAUAUAAUAGACCACCAUGGAGAGAGGGUUAGGGGUUAGUCUAGACUGUACUAUAAUAUAUAUAAUAGACCAUCAUUGAGAGAGGGUUAGGGGUUAGUCUAGACUGUACUAUAAUAGACCACCAUGGAGAGAGGGUUAGGGGUUAGUCUAGACUGGACUAUAAUAGACCACCAUGGAGAGAGGGUUAGGGGUUAGUCUAGACUGUACUAUAAUAGACCAUCAUGGAGAGAGGGUUAGGGGUUAGUCUAGACUGGACUAUAAUAUAUAUAAUAGACCACCAUGGAGAGAGGGUUAGGGGUUAGUCUAGACUGGACUAUAAUAUAUAUAAUAGACCACCAUGGAGAGAGGGUUAGGGGUUAGUCUAGACUGUACUAUAAUAGACCAUCAUGGAGAGAGGGUUAGGGGUUAGUCUAGACUGGACUAUAAUAUAUAUAAUAGACCACCAUGGAGAGAGGGUUAGGGGUUAGUCUAGACUGGACUAUAAUAUAUAUAAUAUACCAUCAUGGAGAGAGGGUUAGGGGUUAGUCUAGACUGUACUAUAAUAUAUAUAAUAGACCACCAUGGAGAGAGGGUUAGGGGUUAGUCUAGACUGGACUAUAAUAUAUAUAAUAGACCACCAUGGAGAGAGGGUUAGGGGUUAGUCUAGACUGGACUAUAAUAUAUAUAAUAUACCAUCAUGGAGAGAGGGUUAGGGGUUAGUCUAGACUGUACUAUAAUAUAUAUAAUAGACCACCAUGGAGAGAGGGUUAGGGGUUAGUCUAGACUGGACUAUAAUAUAUAUAAUAGACCACCAUGGAGAGAGGGUUAGGGGUUAGUCUAGACUGGACUAUAAUAGACCAUCAUGGAGAGAGGGUUAGGGGUUAGUCUAGACUGUACUAUAAUAUAUAUAAUAGACCACCAUGGAGAGAGGGUUAGGGGUUAGUCUAGACUGUACUAUAAUAUAUAUAAUAGACCAUCAUUGAGAGAGGGUUAGGGGUUAGUCUAGACUGUACUAUAAUAGACCAUCAUGGAGAGAGGGUUAGGGGUUAGUCUAGACUGGACUAUAAUAUAUAUAAUAGACCACCAUGGAGAGAGGGUUAGGGGUUAGUCUAGACUGAACUAUAAUAUAUAUAAUAGACCAUCAUGGAGAGAGGGUUAGGGGUUAGUCUAGACUGUACUAUAAUAGACCAUCAUGGAGAGAGGGUUAGGGGUUAGUCUAGACUGUACUAUAAUAUAUAUAAUAGACCAUCAUGGAGAGAGGGUUAGGGGUUAGUCUAGACUGGACUAUAAUAGACCACCAUGGAGAGAGGGUUAGGGGUUAGUCUAGACUGUACUAUAAUAGACCACCAUGGAGAGAGGGUUAGGGGUUAGUCUAGACUGUACUAUAAUAGACCAUCAUGGAGAGAGGGUUAGGGGUUAGUCUAGACUGGACUAUAAUAUAUAUAAUAGACCACCAUGGAGAGAGGGUUAGGGGUUAGUCUAGACUGUACUAUAAUAUAUAUAAUAGACCAUCAUGGAGAGAGGGUUAGGGGUUAGUCUAGACUGUACUAUAAUAUAUAUAAUAGACCAUCAUUGAGAGAGGGUUAGGGGUUAGUCUAGACUGUACUAUAAUAGACCAUCAUGGAGAGAGGGUUAGGGGUUAGUCUAGACUGUACUAUAAUAGACCACCAUGGAGAGAGGGUUAGGGGUUAGUCUAGACUGGACUAUAAUAUAUAUAAUAGACCACCAUGGAGAGAGGGUUAGGGGUUAGUCUAGACUGGACUAUAAUAUAUAUAAUAGACCACCAUGGAGAGAGGGUUAGGGGUUAGUCUAGACUGUACUAUAAUAUAUAUAAUAGACCACCAUGGAGAGAGGGUUAGGGGUUAGUCUAGACUGUACUAUAAUAUAUAUAAUAGACCAUCAUGGAGAGAGGGUUAGGGGUUAGUCUAGACUGUACUAUAAUAUAUAUAAUAGACCAUCAUUGAGAGAGGGUUAGGGGUUAGUCUAGACUGUACUAUAAUAUAUAUAAUAGACCAUCAUUGAGAGAGGGUUAGGGGUUAGUCUAGACUGUACUAUAAUAGACCAUCAUGGAGAGAGGGUUAGGGGUUAGUCUAGACUGUACUAUAAUAGACCACCAUGGAGAGAGGGUUAGGGGUUAGUCUAGACUGUACUAUAAUAGACCACCAUGGAGAGAGGGUUAGGGGUUAGUCUAGACUGGACUAUAAUAUAUAUAAUAGACCACCAUGGAGAGAGGGUUAGGGGUUAGUCUAGACUGUACUAUAAUAUAUAUAAUAGACCAUCAUGGAGAGAGGGUUAGGGGUUAGUCUAGACUGGACUAUAAUAUAUAUAAUAGACCAUCAUGGAGAGAGGGUUAGGGGUUAGUCUAGACUGGACUAUAAUAUAUAUAAUAGACCAUCAUGGAGAGAGGGUUAGGGGUUAGUCUAGACUGUACUAUAAUAUAUAUAAAAGACCACCAUGGAGAGAGGGUUAGGGGUUAGUCUAGACUGGACUAUAAUAGACCACCAUGGAGAGAGGGUUAGGGGUUAGUAUAGACUGUACUAUAAUAGACCACCAUGGAGAGAGGGUUAGGGGUUAGUCUAGACUGUACUAUAAUAGACCACCAUGGAGAGAGGGUUAGGGGUUAGUCUAGACUGGACUAUAAUAGACCAUCAUGGAGAGAGGGUUAGGGGUUAGUCUAGACUGUACUAUAAUAUAUAUAAUAGACCAUCAUGGAGAGAGGGUUAGGGGUUAGUCUAGACUGUACUAUAAUAUAUAUAAUAGACCACCAUUGAGAGAGGGUUAGGGGUUAGUCUAGACUGUACUAUAAUAUAUAUAAUAGACCAUCAUGGAGAGAGGGUUAGGGGUUAGUCUAGACUGGACUAUAAUAGAUAGUCUAGACUGUACUAUAAUAGACCAUCAGGAGAGAGGGUUAGGGGUUAGUCUAGACCUGGACUAUAAUAUAUAUAUAGAACCAUCAUGGAGAGAGGGUUAGGGGUUAGUCUAGACUGUACUAUAAUAGACCAUCAUGGAGAGAGGGUUAGGGGUUAGUCUAGACUGGACUAUAUAAUAUAUAGACCAUCAUGGAGAGAGGGUUAGGGGUUAGUCUAGACUGUACUAUAAUAGACCACCAUGGAGAGAGGGUAGGGGUUAGUCUAGACUGUACUAUAAUAGACCACCAUGGAGAGAAGGUUAGGGGUUAGUCUAGACUGGACUAUAAUAUAUAUAAUAGACCACCAUGGAGAGAGGGUUAGGGGUUAGUCUAGACUGUACUAUAAUAGACCACCAUGGAGAGAGGGUUAGGGGUUAGUCUAGACUGGACUAUAAUAUAUAUAAUAGACCACCAUGGAGAGAGGGUUAGGGGUUAGUCUAGACUGUACUAUAAUAUAUAUAAUAGACCACCAUGGAGAGAGGGUUAGGGGUUAGUCUAGACUGUACUAUAAUAGACCAUCAUGGAGAGAGGGUUAGGGGUUAGUCUAGACUGGACUAUAAUAGACCAUCAUGGAGAGAGGGUUAGGGGUUAGUCUAGACUGUACUAUAAUACUGUUUACUGUUCUCCAGGCAUGGCUGUGCUGGACGAGACCACCAUGGAGAGAGCGAUGGAGGAGUUUGGGCGGUGUUGCUAUGACAGAAGGAGCCAUGCCAUAACAACUGAGGGGGGGCUUGGCAUGGAGGACGACGAGGACGUUGUGUGUGACGUCUGUCGGUCACCUGACAGCGAGGACAACAGUGAGAUGGUGUUCUGUGACAAGUGCAACGUCUGUGUUCACCAGGUAUGGCUUUUGUUUUAUUUCCACCGUUUUUAAUAUUGCUCAUAAUGAUGCUCUUUAAUGGCCAAACUGUCUGGGCAUGUUCUGUGUUUUCCAGGUGUGUUAUGGGAUUCUGAAGGUACCAAAGGGUAGCUGGCUGUGUCAGACCUGUGCUCUCUGCAUCUCGCCCAAAUGCCAAGUCUGCCCCAAGAAGGGCGGGGCCAUGAAGCCCACCCGCAGCGGAACCAAGUGGGUCCACGUCAGCUGUGCCCUGUGGAUCCCCGAGGUGAUGACCCCUGAACCCCAACCCUUAACCCUUACCCUUACCCCUGCUUAUUGGAAGUUAGCUUCCACACAGAAGUAAAUUAACAAAAGUGUUGAACUUCUGUUGUCAUUUAUGUAAACAAAAAACAUAGUUGGCCUGGGUCUGUAUUGUGAAACUGCAGAUUUGUGAAAGAUAAUGUGACCCCUGGUCUGUAUUGUGUAUGUCUGCGUAGGUGAGCAUUGGGAACCCAGAGAAGAUGGAGCCGAUCACCAACAUGUCCCACAUCCCCAGUAACAGAUGGGCUCUGACCUGCUGUCUCUGUAAAGACCCGACCGGAGCCUGUAUACAGGUACAGACCCUAACCCUAACCCUAACCCUAACCCGACUGGAGCCUGUAUACAGGUACAGACCCUAACCCUAACCCUAACCCUAACCCGACCGGAGCCUGUAUACAGGUACAGACCCUAACCCUAACCCUAACCCGACUGGAGCCUGCAUACAGGUACAGACCCUAACCCUAACCCUAACCCUAACCGGAGCCUGCAUACAGGUACAGACCCUAACCCUAACCCUAACCCUAACCCGACUGGAGCCUGUAUACAGGUACAGACCCUAACCCGACUGGAGCCUGUAUACAGGUACAGACCCUAACCCUAACCCUAACCCUAACCAGACUGGAGCCUGUAUACAGGUACAGACCCUACCCUAACCCGACUGGAGCCUGUAUACAGGUACAGACCCUAACCCUAAACCCUAACCCUAACCCGACUGGAGCCUGUUAUACCAGGUACAGACCCUAACCCUAACCCUAACCCGACUGGAGCCUGUAUACAGGUACAGACCCUAACCCUAACCCGACCGGAGCCUGUAUACAGGUACAGACCCUAACCCUAACCCUAACCCUAACCAGACUGGAGCCUGUAUACAGGUACAGACCCUAACCCUAACCCUAACCCUACCGGAGCCUGUAUACAGGUACAGACCCUAACCCUAACCCUAACCCUAACCGGAGCCUGUAUACAGGUACAGACCCUAACCCUAACCCUAACCGGAGCCUGUAUACAGGUACAGACCCUAACCCUAACCCUAACCGGAGCCUGUAUACAGGUACAGACCCUAACCCUAACCCUAACCCGACCGGAGCCUGCAUACAGGUACAGACCCUAACCCUAACCCUAACCCGACCGGAGCCUGUAUACAGGUACAGACCCUAACCCUAACCCUAACCCGACCGGAGCCUGUAUACAGGUACAGACCCUAACCCUAACCCGACUGGAGCCUGUAUACAGGUACAGACCCUAACCCUAACCCUAACCCGACUGGAGCCUGUAUACAGGUACAGACCCUAACCCUAACCCUAACCCGAUGGAGCCUGUAUACAGGUAAGACCCUAACCCUAACCCUAACCCGCUGGAGCCUUUAUACAGGUAACAGCCGCCUAACCCUACCCGACUGAGCCGUGAUACAGUACAGACCCUACCCUAACCCUAACCCUAACCGAUGACCCGGAGCCUGUAUACAGUUACAGACCCUAACCCAAAAACCCGACCUAGGCCCUGCAUACAGGUCACAAACCUAACCCUAACCAGACAACAAAAAACGACUGGAGCCACAUGAUAAAUAUACAGUUACAGACCCCUAAACCCGAACCCUAAACAAAAAAGAAAACAAAACCCACCAACAACACCGAGCCUGCAUACAGGUACAGACCCUACAACCUAACCCGACUGGAUCCUGGUAAUAAUACAGGUACAGACCCUAACCCUAACCAACCCUACCGGAGCAUGUAUACAGUUACAGACCCUAACCCAACCCUACCCUACCCUAACGGAGCCUGUCUACAGUACAAGGAGCCUAACCCUAACCCUAACCUUAGCCUGUCUCACAUGUACAAUACCCUAACCCUAACCCUAACCGAGCCUGUAUACGGUCACGACCCUAACCUAACCCGACCGGAGCCUGCAUCAGGUAACAGACCCCUAACCCUAACCCUAACAAAAACCCGACCGGAGCCUGUAUACAGUUACAGAACCCUAAACCCUAACCCCGAACCCGACCGGAGCCUGUCUACCAGGUACAGGCCCUAACCCUAACCCGACUGGAGCCCCUGUGUAUACGGUAACAGACCUAACCCUAAACCCUAACCCGACUGGAGCCUGUAUACAGGUCAGACCCUAACCCUAACCCGAACUGGAGCGCUUUAUACAGUAUCAGACCCUAACACUCAACCCCUAACACCCUACUGGAGCCUGUAUACAGGUAGACAGACCCUACACCCUACCUAACCCGACUUGUGGGGCAGCCUGGUGGUAUACACGGGUACCGACCCCUAUAACCCUAACCCUCACCCGACCGGCUCCUGUAACAGUAGGCCGACCCUAACCCUACACACCACCGGAGCCUGCAUACAGGUACAACUCCUAACCCUAACCCUAACCCCGACUGGACCCCUGUGUAUACUGGUACGACCCUAACCCUAACCCUAACACGACCGGAGCCUGUAUACAGGUACGACCCUGAAGCCCUAGAAAUAAGAGGGAAGAAGAGCGGAGGUGGGGGACAGUGGGAAGUAAGGGCCGUGGGAAAUAUGGUUGGGGGUGGGGGGGUGGGGGGGGAUUAAUGGAGGGUAGCAUGGGUCCCCUCCCCCUUCCCAUUGCUCCUUCCUCCCGUUUGUUCGCCUCUGCUCCCCUCUUCCCCUCGUUCGCGCCACCCUACCUGCUCCUGUAUACAUGUUACACAAGACCCUACCCUAACCCGACCUAGCCCUGUAUACAGGUACAGACCCUAACCCAACCCGACUGGAGCCUGUAUACAGGUAACAGACCCCUAACCCUAACCCAACUGGAGCCUGUAUAACAGGUAACAGCCUAACCCGACUGAGCCUGUAUCCAGUCAGAGACCCGUAACCCUAAACCCUAAACCGGAGCCUGUAUAAGGUAACGGACCCUAACCCUAAACCACGACCGGAGCCUGUAUACAGGUACAGACCCUAACCCUAACCCGACUGGAGCCUGUAUACAGGUACAGACCCUAAACCCACCCCGACUGUAGCUGUAUACAGGUACAGACCCCUAACCCUACCCGACGGAGGCCUGUAUACCGGUACAGAGCCUACCCUACAACAACCCCUAACCCUACGGAGCCUGUAUACAGGUACCACCCCUACCCGACGGAGCCUUUAACAGGUACACGGACCCUAACCCUAACCCUAACCCUAACCACCCUACUGGAUCCUGCAAUACAGGUACAGACCCUAACCCUAACCCUAACCCAACCCGACUGGAGCCUGUAUACAGGUACGAUCCCUAACCCUAACCCGACUGGACCUGUAUACAUGUAACCACCCUAACCCGAACCAACCCGACCGAGCCUGUUACAUGUACAGACCCUAACCCUAACCCGACUGGGCUUUAUAACCGGUACAGACCUAACCCUACCCACUGGAGCCUGUAUACAGGACAGACCUAACCCUACUAAACCCCGACCGGAGCCUGCCUACCGGUCAGACCCUAACCUAACCCCAACUGGAGCCUGUAUACAGGUACAGACCCUAAACCCUACCCCUAACCCGAACCCGACCGUAACCUGCAUAAGGUACCGACCUAACCCUAACCCUAAACCCGACCGAGCCUUCAUACGGUCCCGACCUAACCCUAACCCGACCGAGCCUGUAUACAGGUACAGGACCCUACACCCUAACCCUAACCCGACUGGAGCCUGAUACAUGUACAGACCCCUAAACCCUAACCCCUAACCCGAGACCUAACCCGACCGGAGCCUGCAUACAGUACAACCCUAACCCAACACCCUACCGGACCUGUAAAGGUACAGACCCUAACCCUAACCCUAACACACCGGAGCCCGCAUACAGGUACAGACCCUAACCCUAACCCUACCGGGAGCUAGCAUACAGGUAACAUACCCUAACCCUAACCCGACUGGAGCCUGUCUACAGGUACAGACCCUAAAACCCUAACCCUACCCGGACUGAGGCCUGUAUACAGGGUACAGACCCUAACCCUAACCCAACCCGACCGGAGCCUGUAGUACAGGUACGACCCUAACCCUAAACCCUAACACCGACUGUAAGCCUGGUAUACAGGUACAGAACCCUAACCCAACCCGACCGGAGCCUGUAUAACAAGUACCGACCCUAACCCUAACCCACCGGGGAGCCUGUAUCCAUGUACAAGACCGGCUAACCCCUAACCCUAUAACCCACCGGAGCCUUUCAUACAGGUACAGACCCUAACCUAACCACCGUAGGCCUUGUAUACAGGUACAUACCCCAACCCUAAAAACCCUAACCCGACUGAGCCUGUUCUACAGGUAGCCGGCCCUAACCCUAACCCGACGGAGCUGUAUACAGGUACAACCGCUAAACCCUAACCCGACUGGGCCUGUAGACAGGUACAGACCCUACCCUAACCCUAACCAACGCUGAGCCUGUAUACAGGUACCUACCAACCCUAAACCCGACCGGCGCACUGUAUACAGGUACAGACCCUAACCCUCCCCGACCGGACCUGUAUACAGGUACAGACCCUAAACCUAAAACCCUACCCCGACUGGAGCCUGUAAUACAUGUACAACUCCUAACCCUAAACCCUAACCCGACUGGAGCCUGUUAACAGGUACGAACCCACCCUAACCCUAAACCCCCCGAGCUGUAUACAGGUCAAGACCCUAACCCUAACCCGCCUGAGCCUGUAUACAGGUACGACCUAACCCUAACCCCCGCCGGAGCCUGUAUACAGGUACAGGACCUAACCCUAACCGACUGGAGCCUGUAACCGGUACAAGACCCAAACCCUACCCCUAUAACCCCGACUGGACUCCUGUAUCAGGUACAGACCCUAAAAAAAAACCCUAACAACCCUAAAACCUAAACCGGAGCCUUUAUACAGGUCAGACCCUAACCCUAACCCGACUGAGCCUGUAUACAGGUACAACCUAACCCUAACCUAACCCUAACCCACCGUAGCCUGUUAUACAGGGUACAGACCCUAACCCUAACCCCUAACCCGACGGAAGCCUGCAUACAGGUACAGACCCUACCUAACCCUAACCCAACCCACCGGAGCCGGUAACAGGUACAGACCCUAACCUACCUAAACCCGAUGUGAGCCUGUAUACCGGUACAGACCCUAACCCUAACCCCCACUGGAGCCUUUAACAGGUACAGACCCUAACCUAACGCUAACCCUAACCGAGCUUCAUCAGGUACAGACCUAACCCGAACCCUAACCCUCCUGAGCCUUUAUACAGGUACCGACCAUAACCCUAACCCUAAACCCCUACCGAGCUGUAUACAGGUCAUACCCUAACCCUAACCCUAACCCUAACCGGAGCCUGUAUAGUACAGACCCCUAACCCUACCAACUGGAGCCUGUAUACAGGUACAGAAUAACCCUAACCCUAACCCAACUGGGAGCCUGUUCAUACCGGUACAGCCCCUAACCUAACAACCCGACUGGAGCCUGUAUACAGGUACAGACCCUAACCCUAACCCAUAAAGCCCGAUCAACCGGAUCCUGUAUCAGGUACAUACCCUAACAUCUAACCCGACUGGACCUGCAUACAUGUACAGACCCUAACCCUAACCCUAACCCGACACGGAGGCCUGCAUACAGUUACAGGUAACAGACCUACCCCUAACCCUAACCCGACUGGAGCCUGCAUACAGGUACAGACCCUAACCCUAAACACCCAUGGAGCCUGUAUACAGGUACAAACCUAACCCUAACCCUAACCCGACUGAGCCUGUAUACAGUUACAGACCCUAACCCUAAACCGACUGGAGCCUGUAUACAGUCGACCCUAACCCUAAACCCGACCGAGCCUGCACUACAGGGACAGACCCUAACCCUAACCCUAACCGUAUCCUUAUACAGGUACAGACCCUAACUAACCCUAACCCGACCGAGCCUGUAACAGUACAAGAAGCCCUAACCCUAAACCCGACCGGAGCCUGUUAUCAGGUACAGACCCUAACCCUAACCCCGACCGUAGCUGUAUACAGGUCAAGACCUAACCUAAACACCCGACCGUAGCCUGUAUACAGUUACAGACCCCUAACCCUAGACCCGACUGAGGCUUGUAUACAGGUUACAGACCCUAACCCUAACCCCGACUGGAGCCUGUAUACAGGUCAGACCCUAAACCCUACCACCCGACCGAGCCUGUAUACAUGUGCAACAGACCCUAACCCUAAAAACCCUAACCCUACUGGAGCCUGUUAUACCGGUACAUGACCCUAACCCGAAACCCUACCCGAACUGUAGCCCUGCUAAAGUUACAUACCUAACCCAACCCGACCGGAGCCUGUAUCCAGGUACAUACCCUAACCCCUAACCCUACUGGAGCUGUAUACAGGUCAGACCCCUAACGGUCCGACGGCCUUAUACAUGUACAGACCCUAACCCUAAACCUAACCCUACCCUAGACCGAGCCCAUGUAUAAACCGGUACAGACCCUAACCCUAACCCUACCCAAUUACUGGAGCCUGUAUCAGGUUUACCGGAACCUAACCCUAACCCGACCGGAGCCUGUAACAGGUACGACCCUAACCCCUAACGCCUACCGAGCCCUGCAUACAGUACCGACCCUAACCCUAACCCGACUGGAGCCUGUAUCAGGUACAGAGCCCCUAACCCUAACCCGACUGGAGCCUUGCCAUACAGGUACAUACCCUAACCCUAACCCACUGAUCCUGUAUACAGGUUACAGCCCCUAACCCUAAAACCCGAACAGGAGCCUGUAUCAGGACAGACUCCUAAACUAACCUGACCGGAGCCUGUAUACUGUACAAGACCCCCUAACCCUAACCCGACUGGACCUGUUAUACAGGUACAAGACCCUCCUACCCUAACCCUAACCCACUGGAUCUGUAUACAGGUACAGACCCUAACCCGAACCCGACCGGAGCCUGUAUACAGGUACAACCCUACCUACCCCUAACCCUAACCAGCCACAAGACUGGAGCCUGUAUACAAGGUAAGACCCUAACCCUAACCCGACCGUAGCCUGAUUACAGGUACAGACCCUAACCCGACUGGAGCCUGAUAUCGUACAGACCCUCACCCUACCCACCUGGAUCCUGUAUCAGGUACCGACCCUAACCCUAAACCUCGACCGGAGCCUGUAUACAGGUACAGACCCUAACCCUAAACCCGAACCGAGCCUGUAUACAGGUACAGACCCUACCCGACUGGAGCCCUGUAUACAGUACAUACCCUAACCCUAACCCGAACUUGGAGCCUGUAUACAGGUACCAGACCCUAACCCUAACCCGACUAGAGCCUGUAUACAUUACAAAGACCCUAACCCUAACCCUAACCCUACCAUACUGGAGCCUGUAUACUGUACAGACCCUAACCCUAACAACCGACGGAAGCCUGUAACAUACCAGGUACCGACCCAACCCGACUGGAGCCUUUUAUACAGGUACCGAACCCUAACCCUAACCCGACGACUGGAGCCUGUAUACAGGUACAAGACCCUAACCCCUAAACCCGACCGGAGCCUUAUACAGGUACAGACCCCUAACCUAACCCCGACCGGAGCCCUUGUAUACAGGUCAAGACACUACCCGAACCCUACCCGACUGUGAGCCUGUAAAGUAGAGACCCUACCCUAACCCUAAACCCGACGGAGCCUGUAUACAGGUACAGACCCUAACCUACCCGACGGGAGCCGUAUACAGGUACAGACCCAACCCUAACAACCCGACUGGAAGCCUGUAUACAGGUACUAGCCCUAACCCUAACCCGCCUGAGCCUGCAUACAGGUUUACAUACCCAAACCUAACCAACACCGACUGAGCCUUUAUACAGGUAACAGACCCUAACCCUAACCCGACCGGAGCCUGUAUACAGGUACAGACCCUAACCCUAACCCGACUGGAGCCUGUAUACAGGUACGCAAUGGAGCUACUGCAUGGAGAAGGCUUUAAUAACUCUGUGUGGAUUUUUGUUACAUUAGCAGUCCUUUCUCUAUCAGUUUUCUAUCUGUUCAGUAACUUUGUUAGUUACCUGCGAGACCUGCGCAAUUUAGGACCUUGAGCCACGCUGGUCAUGGGUGCACCUCAGCCACGCUCAAGGUCCUAAACGAUAUAAUAACCGCGAUCGAUAAUAGACAGUACUGUGCAGCCGUCUUCAUCGACCUGGCCAAGGCUUUUGACUGUGUCAAUCACCGCAUUCUUAUUGGCAGACUAAAUAGCCUUGGUUUCUCAAAUGACUGCCUCGCCUGGUUCACCAACUACUUCUCAGAUAGAGUUCAAUGUGUCAAAUCGGAGGGCCUGUUGUCUGGACCUAUGGCAGUCUCUAUGGGGGUGCCACAGGGUUCAAUUCUUGGGCCGACUCCAUUCUCUGUGUAUAUCAAUGAUGUCGUUCUUGCUGCUGGUGAUUCUCAGAUCCACCUCUAUGCGGACGACACCAUUUUGUAUACAUCUGGCCCUUCAUUGGACACUGUGUUAACAAACCUCCAAACGAGCUUCAAUGCCAUACAACACUCCUUCAGUAGCCUCCAACUGCUCUUAAACACUAGUAAAACUAAAUGCAUGCUCUUCAAUCGAACGCUGCUGGCACCCGCCCACCCGACUAGAAUCACCACUCUCGACGGGUCUGACCUAGAGUAUGUGGACAACUACAAAUACCUAGGUGUCUGGUUAGACUGUAAACUCUCCUUCCAGACUCACAUUAAGCAUCUCCAAUCCAAAGUUAAAUCUAGAAUCGGCUUCCUAUUUCGCAACAAAGCCUCCUUCACUCAUGCUGCCAAACAUGCCCUCGUAAAACUGACUAUCCUACCGAUCCUUGACUUCGGCGAUGUCAUUUACAAAAUAGCUUCCAACACUCUACUCAGCAAAUUGGAUGUAGUCUAUCACAGUGCCAUCCGUUUUGUCACCAAAGCCCCAUACACUACCCACCACUGUGACCUGUACGCUCUUGUUGGCUAGUCCUCACUACAUAUUCGUCGCCAAACCCACUGGCUCCAGGUCAUCUAUAAAUCACUGCUAGGCAAAUCCCAGCCUUAUCUUAGCUCAUUGGUCACCAUAGCAGCACCCACCCGUAGUCUGCGCUCCAGCAGGUAUAUCUCACUGGUCAUCCCCAAAGCCAACACCUCCUUUGGCCGCCAUUCCUUCCAGUUCUCUGCUGCCAAUGACUGGAACGAAUUGCAAACAUCUCUGAAGCUGGAGACACUUAUCUCCCUCACUAACUUUAAGCAUCAGUUGUCAGAGCACCUUACCGAUCACUGCACCUGUACACAGCCCAUCUGAAAUUAGCCCACCCAACUACCUCAUCCCCAUAUUGUUAUUUAUUUUUGCUCAUUUGCACCCCAGUAUCUCUAUUUGCACAUAAUCUCUUGCCGUUAGAGUAUCUCUAUCACUCCAGUGUUAAUACUAAUUGUAAUUAUUUUGCACUAUAGCCUAUUUAUUGCCUUACCUCCAUAACUUGCUACAUUUGCACACACUGUAUAUAUAUUUUCUGUUGUAUUUUUGACUUUGUUUUGUUUACCCCGUAUGUAACUCCGUUGUUUUUAUCGCACUGCUUUGCUUUAUCUUGGCCAGGUCGCAGUUGUAAAUGAGAACUUGUUCUCAACUGGCUUACCUGGUUAAAUAAAGGUGGAAUAAAAUAAAUAUAUAAAAAAUAUCUCUGGUCUCUGUUCCCUCAGUGUUCAAUUAAAAGCUGUCGGACAGCGUUCCAUGUGAGCUGUGCCUUACAGAGCCGUCUGGAGAGGAACACCACCAUCAAAGAGCAGGUCAAGUUCAAGUCCUUCUGCCCCAAACACUCUGGUCUGUUGGGAGGAGAGGGGAGGAAGGGAGGGAGAGUCAGAGGAGAUGAAGUCCCAAACCCAGUGGAGGCCCUGAGCAGCGGACAGGAGGAGGUGAACCUCCGUCACAUCAAACUACAGCAGCUGGAGGAGGCGUUCUACCAGUUAGUUGACGUAAAGGAGGUGUCCGAGGCCCUGCAGCUGAACCAGGAGACAGUCCACUUCAUAUAUCGGUACUGGAAGCUGAAAUGCCGAGCCAAUCACAGCCAGCCAUUGCUGACACCCCAGAAGGAGGAGGAGAGUCUGGCGAGGAGAGAUGACGCGCCUACACAGGCCACGCCUCCCAGGCCAGCCACACCCAGGCAGCGGUCGCUGGCUAUUGGCUGA